UCGGGGGCGAGGCCUUCCUCCAACCAUCUCCGCUCCAACAUGGCUACACUGCUGUGCAGCAUCUCUGCGGCGGCGCGGCGGCUGCUCGGGGGCCCCGGGCUCCGCGCCGGGGACGUUGCGGCUGCGGCUGCAGCUGCGGCUGCGGCGCGGUUCUAUUCCAAGGACAAUGAAGGCAGCUGGUUCCGCUCUCUCUUUGUGCACAAGGUGGAUCCCCGGAAGGACGCCCACUCCACCCUGCUGUCUAAGAAGGAAACCAGCAACCUCUACAAGAUCCAGUUUCACAAUGUGAAGCCUGAGUAUCUGGAUGCCUACAACAGCCUGACGGAGGCAGUGCUACCCAAGCUGCACCUGGAUGAGGACUACCCCUGCUCGCUUGUGGGCAACUGGAACACGUGGUACGGGGAGCAGGACCAGGCAGUGCACCUGUGGCGAUUCUCCGGUGGCUACCCAGCCCUCAUGGACUGCAUGAACAAGCUCAAAAAUAACAAGGAGUACCUGGAGUUCCGAAAGGAACGGAGUCAAAUGCUGCUGUCCAGGAGAAACCAAAUGCUCCUUGAGUUCAGCUUCUGGAACGAGCCACAGCCCAGAGCAGGCCCCAACAUCUAUGAGCUGAGGACAUACAAGCUCAAGCCAGGAACCAUGAUCGAGUGGGGGAACAACUGGUGAGUGGCAGUGCCAUAGGCUGGGGGGUGGCUUGGGGAGACCCUGCCCACCUCCCCCACCAAGGCCCUGGGGGGGGCCACCUUUCCCAGGGCCAUAUGGCAAGGAGCAUGGCAAUCUGUGCCCUGCACAGAUCCAGGAGAAGGAUCCAAUCAGCAGGUGAGGAUUGUGAGGACUCCCCUGGAAGAACACCCAGCCAGCAGGUGCACCUCCGUCACCCCAUUCCCUGACCAUCUCUCAGAGCUGGGGCAGCUCAGGGAGCCCUUCGUUCCAGCCCUGGCCUCUGCUCCACUCUCUUCUGCCAUCCCCAGGGCUCGAGCCAUCAAGUACCGACAGGAGAACCAGGAGGCGGUGGGCGGCUUCUUCUCGCAGAUAGGGGAGCUCUACGUUGUGCACCAUCUCUGGGCCUAUAAAGAUCUGCAGUCUCGGGAGGAAACUAGAAAUGCUGCCUGGAGGAAGAGGGGCUGGGAUGAAAAUGUCUACUACACCGUCCCGUUGGUGCGACACAUGGAGUCUCGGAUCAUGAUUCCUUUGAAGAUCUCACCUCUCCAGUGAUGCUGCUGUUGGCUCCACCUCUUUCCCCUUCUCCCUCAGGGCAGCCAUGGACAGAGGAGCUCCCAGGCCAGCUGCCUUGUUUUCUCUCGGAUUUGGGAGGACUCGGGGGGCUAGUGUUCAGCUCAGAAAAGGGGGAGCUGAAGGAUGACAGGGUUCUGAGGAUUUGCAGCUCUGCCCAGACAGUUCCCACAUUCCCCAGCACUCCUUCCCCUGGGCGGGAAGCAGUUUUUAAUUCCUUUGAAUGAAGAACAACAACCUUUUAUGUCUUCUCACAUCUUCCUUAAGAUUCCUCAUCUCAAGGCCACCAGUCAGUCCCCAGUUAGCACCACAGAAUCCCUCAGUUUAGCUUUAGUUGCACAAAAGGUAGUGUGUCCAGGGAUUAGAGCUUGGGUGGGAAGGGAAGAGGUCAAAGCAGGCCAGGUGCUCAGGCAUUGCUUGGUCUCCACUGGGCCACAUACUUGCUGGACAGUCUAAACCAUGUCCCUCUUGCUGCGGAAAAGCCUAGAAUUGCUUCAAGAUAUAAAGAGGGAAGCCUUCAAGUUAGCAAAGUCAGCAGGAGGUCCAUAUAUUCCACCCAGAAAGGCUGGGGAAAGGGAGAUGGAAGGAAUCUGGGGGCAGGAAACAAAAUGGAACAGGAACAAGAACCCAGAACUAGGAACCCAGAAAGUAGAACUUAGGAUUCAGAACUAGGGUUUGAACUGCAGAACUUGGAAUACAUAAUAGGGACGAUAGAACAGAGGUGACAAAAGACCACUUGGGGAGGGGCUCCUAAUACAAGACAGAGAGGCUCACCUGUUUCUACAUAAUGAGGCUGGAAACUUGAAUAUGUAGUUCCAGCCCUGUACAAAGCGUCUCCUGUCCUCCCUUUUCCUUCUUUCAGGCAAGGGUAUGGGCCAGGGCCUAUAUUUCCCUCCCCCUGCAUCCCUUUUCUCCCUCUUCACAUUCUAUCCAUCCAACCCUCAUUCUGCCGGGCUACUGGGUGUGUGAAGUGGGGUCAGUGACUUUGGAAGCCUCCUCCGUGACCCCCAUACUUCAUGAACCUCUGGGUAACUUGAUUCUGCCUCCCUUUCAGGAAAACUUGUGCUGGAGUUCCUGAUGGAAACAAUUAAAUGUUUACUAUAAACCAUC